AUGGAGGCUGAGGUGCGUGAAGAGGGAGUGAGCAACAAUACCCAGCCUGCAAGAAGGGUGUUGGCCUCUUACACUAUCCCCAAUGCAAGAAACUACGGGAGUAGCAUACUCACUCCCAAUAUUCAUGCAAAUAAUUUUGAGUUGAAGCCUCAACUUAUCACUCUGGUGCAGAACAAUUGCUCCUAUGGAGGAAGUCCACUUGAAGAUCCAAACCAACACUUAUCCAUCUUCCUUAGGAUUUGUGAAACUGUCAAAACAAGUGGUGUGCAUCCAGACAUCUACAAGCUACUGCUGUUUCCAUUCUCUCUGAAGGGUAAGGCUGUUCAAUGGCUAGAGACAUUUCCCAAAGAAAGCAUCAAUAAUUGGGAAGACUUAGUGAGCAAAUUCCUAGCCAAGUUCUAUCCUCCCCAAAGGAUUAUCAAGCUGAAAACAGAGGUGCAAACAUUCAUUCAAAUGGAUGGAGAGUCAUUGUAUGAUGCCUGGGAGAGAUACAAGGCUUUAAUCAGGAAAUGUCCCCCAGAAAUGUUUAGUGAGUGGGAUAGACUCCAAAACUUCUAUGAAGGAUUGACACUGAGAGCUCAAAAAGCACUUGAUUAUUCUGCUGGAGGCUCAGUACAACUCAUGAAGAUAGCGGAGGAGGCUCAAAAUCUCAUUGACACUGUAACAAACAACCAAUACUUCUAUGGUCAUCAAAGGCACCGCCAACCAGCUCAAAGGAAGGGUGUAUUAGAGCUGGAAGGUGUGGAUACCAUCUUAGCUCAAAACAAGGUGAUGCAUCAACAAAUCCAACAACAAAUGGAGAUGAUGGCCAAGAGGAUUGAUGGCCUCCAAGUUAUAGCAGUGAAUACAAGUCAACCAUCACCUAUAUGGGGGCAAAAUGAGGAAAACUAUGAAGAGAGUCAGCAAGAACAAGUCAGGUGGAAUCAAUCUGAAGAAAGUUUUGAGACAUUCAAUUUUGAGCAACAAAGCCCUGAGCAGGAAGCUGCAAGGAAAGAUCAGACCCUGGCAUUCAAAAACCAAGAAACCUCAAUCAGAAACCUUGAGAGACACAUGGGGCAAAUGGCUAAGCAAAUUUCAGAAAUGGAUGAGAAGAGAGCAAAUGCCUUCCCCAAUGUCACUGAAGAACACCCAAGGGACAAAGGAAAAGCCACAAAAUGGGAGGAGUUCAAAGCAAUCAUAGUGGGAA